AUGGCCAAUUCACAACCAAAUCUCUUUCAGUUCUUUGGAGCUCGGCCAUUCAAGCGAGCUGCUACUGCUUCGGUUGAUACAGCCAGGCGUUCAGGUGAACCCGUCAAUAAUGCUGAGAGUGAUGAGAAUAGUGGUGAAAGAUGGCGAGACAAACGUCAACGGCUACAAGCAGAUCUUGCUGGCACGACGUUUGUGAUGAAGGAAAAUGGUGGUGUGAUAUCAACAUCGAAAUCCGGCUCCCGAUCACAGCGGAGCACGAAAAGACUAGAAUAUCCUAUGGGUCCACAGAUCCUUGUUGUCGACCAUGAUGAACCUCUACCUCCUGGCGCGCUUUCGAUGGUGGUCAAUGUGCUCCGCCUUAUCCAGGAGCAGCCUUCGUGGAUGCCACAGCUGGUGCCUGAGCUGAGACAGCUUCUGGCAGAGUACGAGGCAUUAAGCAAAGAAACGCCAAAUACAAACCCAUUGGAAUUACUAGGAGAAUCACUUAUCCGGCGAUGGGUGCCCCAUGCCUGGGACUUCGUGACUUCUUACGUCAAACAACUUCGUGGGCUGGAUGGCAUGCUUCCGGUACACGAGAAAGCAUAUGGUGGCAUGACAGCAUGCCUGGAUGGAUUCGAUUAUCGUGUGUUCGAUAACCAUGAUAACCCUCAUUGGCGUCAGAGCCACAGCAGCUUACAUUACGCGAUGCUCGAAUUGCCAGAUACCCAGAAUGACUUCUACUAUUUCGCGACAUAUCCUCGCGGCAUGAAUGAAUCUUCGUACAUCCCUGAGAUCGUUGUCAACGAAGGUGUCAUGAUCAGCGUGAAUGGCCUUUACGAAGACGACGCUUUCUACAAGACUUUGAAAGGUUGUGGGGUUCCUAUGUGUAUUAAUGGAGUACACGAACCGUGUAUUGGCCUAAAUCGAGAUCCGGGAUUCAAGUAUGCCCACUUCAAGGAUGUCUCUUCUGGAUGCGCUUUAUACGCGCUACAUCCACUCGAAAAGACCAAGGCGAGUUCGACGCAAGCCAUUAGAGCGAAUGCUCAAUCACCAUUGGUGAUUCCGGCUAGUGCAGUGCCUGCUCUGCCUCCUACUCUACCAACUGCAACGACUGUUGCAGGAAUCGUGAAGCCAACGAAGCACAUGGUUACCAAGGAGAAUCGACAGCGGCGGGAUAAGCUCAGGGGAUUAGUUACUACUGGAGUAGUUGCUAAACUUUCUAGCCGCGAUGAUUCUGGCAAGAAAUUUGUGCUUUAUCGUGGCAUGGAUAUACGGAUUGACAAAUUCUACAUGGAUCGAUUCGGAACUGCAUUGCGAUCUGCAAAGGAUGUUACAGCCUUCGUCAAUCUGUCGCCCGAGAAGACUCAUCCUCACGCCUUCUACGAAUACGGCGACAACGAUAGUUUGGCGCAUUUUGGCCUUUGGGUGCAGGUAAAUCAAAGCGUCGGUUUCUGGAUUAGGAGGAGCGAGACGAGAGAGACCAGAAAGAACAACAAGAACAGGCGGAUGGCUUCAGAUAUUGCCACUAUGGUUUCUAAAGACUACGGCCUACUACAGACGGAGGAGGAGGAGUUCCAGGAGUGA